CCGAAUUCACGCAACACCGGUUUUGACGUCAGCGCGCCAUUUCAAAGAUUAUAAACAACUCCAGAAGCAGAGGUCCAGUACCUUUGUUCGAAUCUCAACAAGGAUAAAAAGUCAGCAUGGGUUCCGAGUCUGACAUAGAUGAGCUACACAGCUCCAUUUUAAGUCUGUGUGAGGAGGACUCUCAAAACAGGACACUUAACCAGACCCUCAACUUGUCUCCCAUUAAAUCAAAUGAUAAUAGCUGCUUGGAUACUCCAUCUCACACUGACAAUGCUGUUGUUUCAUGUUCAGCCAAUGAAUUUACGCCUUCCCUUGAUCCUCGCUCAGACAAAAGAUUUUCAUUCAGGACUCAUAGUACACCAUUAAUGCCCAAAAAGUUGUGUUCAAUUCCCCUGUUAUCAGAACCUAAAGAAAAGACUGUCUUGGAGGAAGAGGACACGGACAGAACAGUCUUAGAGCAAGAAGACAAAGAAAAGACUGUCCUGGAGCAAGGGGACACAGAUAAAACUGUCAUAGAGCAAGAAGACAAAGAAAAGACAGUGUCGGAAGUAAAAGGUGAAGCUAAAGACAUCCAUGAAAUGACCUAUGAAGAGCUAUUGUCUGAGGUCACAAUGCUGUGUGAACUGCCCCGGAAUCAUUGGUUGAGUUCAGACGGUCCCUCAAAGUUAAAAAUGGAGGAUUCCAUAAAGGACUUGAAUCAGACCCAACUAAGCAAAAUAGACAUGGAUAGCAUUUUAUCUCAGUCUUAUGUACAGAGAGAUGAGCAGAAGAAAGAGGAAAAACCUGGGAGAUUUGCCAGUUUGUCCACUACAACUUCAACAAGCUUAGUUGCUUUAGAUGAGGAAGAAGAUGUUGAACUUUCGGAGGAUAUUCUUGGAUUGGAUGAAUACAUUUGGAGUGAGUUAGAUUCGGAUGAUGAUGUUGAUGAAGAAUCUUUGUUAUCUGGUGAGGAGACGGUAAUCGCGGAUAAAACACUGAAGAAUGACAGAGAUGUUACGGCGAAGGAGAAAAUAGAAUCAAAGACUCCUCCUCCUUCUACAUCGGAAAAUGAUGGUGUGGUUCCAGAUGAAACAGGAGACAACAAAUUAAAAACUGUUAAUACAAGUGAACUAGUCCAAAAGACAAAUGUUGAUGUCAAUAAAAACAUUGUUUGUGGUACUCAAAAGAGAAAAGAAAAUGAUUUUAAAGAAACCCAUCCCAAAAAGACAAAACUUUCAGAUUCUCAUGAUACUGAGUUAGAAGAAAAGGAUAAAAGGAAUCUAGAGAGUGCCAAACCCCAGUCUGAUGUAGAAUAUGUAGUUAUCAACUUGCUAGAUGACUCAGAAUCAGAUUUUGAGAAAUCUGAUCGAGAUGAAGAGGAGGCUACUCAGAAAAGAAAGAUAGAGACUUCAGUAUUAGAUAAUAAGGCUAAGGUACCAACGAUCUGUGUCAGUCCACUGGUUAAACAUACUGAUGAAAGUGCCGAGGACGCAAGAGAUUCUCAAGACAAGGGGGAUGAGGAGAAAUACCACACACAGUUAAAUUACGAGGCAGAGAAGUCUUAUUUAAAAAGUGAAAAUGAAUUGACAAGGAGUGUGAUGAGAAAGUGGAAUUCCAAUGGAAUCCAUAAUCCUGAUAAAAAUCUGACCCACGCAACUACUCUCAGGAAAAAGGCCAAUGGCAUGAAAGGGCGAUUGGAAGGAUUUCACUUAUCUACCCUUCAUGGAGAUAGCAAUGGGGCAGAUCCAUAUAUGAAAAGUCAUGUGAAUACGAGAUCUUUGGCAGAAAAUAUUAACAAAUUGAGAAUGGACAUGAAUGACUUGGAGCAUUAUUAUUAUAACAGACUUCUAGAGAUGAAGUGUAUCUUCCAUGCAAAGAUGGAUGAUCAAAUUGAUCGGAAUAGGAAUCGCAUUCGACACUUACGAAUUCAACAGGAAAUGGAGGCGAGAGCUGUUCAUUAUCAGCACUUUGAUCUGAUGAUUAAACAGUGUAAACUCAUGCAGUUGAAAAUGGACCAUCAGGCACAAAUGAAUCACAUGAAGUGUGUUGCUUUCAGUGAAGAACAAGCCGUGCAAGAUGAAUAUUCACAGAAAGUGCAGUUGGAAAGGAUGAGGUAUGAGGAACAGCACAACAAGUUGUCUUCCCUUGUGAAUCAGUUAACUCAGCGGGAAUUUGAGGGGAAGGAUGACCAGUUUGGACCUCACAUUAUGGUGGAUCUCAUCAAGGCCCCGUGCAGGGAUAACAAUGAGAGCAAGUCUCUUGUCUCUGUGUGUUUACCUUUGGACAUUGCAAAUGCUAUGAUAAAAGAGGAUGAAGUUUAUGAAAGAUUUUAUGAGUACUAGUAUUAGAUGUAAGGGAGAUGAAUUUACUCAUAGUGGAGAACUGUAAUUUUAAAUAUUAAGCUGGUAGUUAUUUUAAGCUCACUUGAACCUCAGCUCAAGUGAGCUUUUCUGAUCAGCAUUUGCCUGGCUAUCUAUCCAUCAUUCUGCAGAAAAUUUGAUUCAUUGAAGAAACACUCCUUUUAGGAAGGAGAAAAUUUAGAAACAGAAUUUGGUGCCAUUAAAAAAAAAAAUCUUAUGAA